AUGGCCAAGGUGGAGAUCAUUGAGAUUCUCGGCCCGGAUCAACGCAAAAAGUACUUAAUCAAGGACAACAACACCUGGGCACCUUUUGCAUUGGCUGCGGAGCAAGCUUACCCUUCAAAAGCAGUGUGCAUCAACCUCUCCCAAGUGGACCCCCGCGUGGUGGCCCGGGAAGAGUCUCAGAACGCUGAGGUUAAUACACGCCUGAUCAUGCAACACAGCACGGAUGCGGAGAGGGCUCCUCUUGAACAUCAACGAGCUUGGCUUGCGGCAAAUCCUAAUGCUCAGAUUGCCAAACCUGGCACUGAGAAGACCCCGGCCUGGUUCCUGGCCUAA